AUGAUAUCCAAAAAGCGCAGAACCCACCGCAAAACCGGCUGCGUAACCUGCAAAGUCCGCAAGAAGCGCUGCUCCGAGGACAAGCCCGCCUGCAGCGACUGCGCGCGCCUGGGCUUUGCGUGCGUGUAUCUCCCGGACGGCUGCACGCGCGAGCUGGCCACCCACUACAAGGAACAGGUGGAGGCGGACCUGCGGCGACGCGCGGCCGCCGAGCGCGCCGGCGCGGCUGCAGCCCCCGCGCACGACGCAUGCGACGUUACAUCAUCAGCCGCCGACGUGACGUCGGCGGCUACCGGCGGCCCUGAGGGGCUGCACCCGCAUGACGCACACUGCGGGGGCGCGGCGCCGGCCGGCGCCGCGGACGGCGCUACCCCCGGCGCUACCCCCGGCGCCACCCCCGGCGCCUACCUCGACGAACUGCUGGACGAGCUGUGCGCGCUGCCGUCGUCGCCCGCCGCGGAGUCUGCGUCGCGCGCGCUCGCGCGCUCGCCGUCGCUGCACCUGUCGCAGCCGCUGCACGACCCGCUGGUCGGCCGGCUGGACGCGACCGCGCUGCACCUCUACAACUACUACCGCGAAUACCUGGCCCAGAUCAUCUCCAUCGCGCCCGUGCGCCAGAACUACUACCUGCAGAUCUUCCUGCCGAUGGCGCACCGGCACGAGGGCAUUCUGUACGGGCUGCUGGCGUGGUCCGCCCACCACCUGUCGAUCGGGCCCGUCCGCGACGACGCGCGCCACGACGCGGACCGCUGGGCGCUGGAACAGGCGCUGGACGAGUCGAUGCGCGGCGGCACGCCGCCGCUGCCGCCGACGCGGCACGCGGGCGGCGGGGUGUCCGGGUGCGCGGUCGUCGGCGACGACAACGGCCACCACGACUCCGCGGCCGCGGAGUCCGAGCCGGACCCGUCCUACGCCGCACUCGCCAACCGCUACACGCUCAAGUCGCUGCAGUUUCUGCAGGCGGACCGGGCGGGCGCGGCCGCGGCCGCGGGGGGCGUCGACGAUGACCGCGACCCCGACCGCGACCCCGACCGCGACCGCGACCUCGACGGCGGCGCUAACUCCGCCCCCCGCGCUAACUCCGCCCCCGCUCCCCCCGCCCCCGCGCCGCCGUACCUCUGGGCCCUCGCCCAGAUCCUCGUCCUCUGCGGCGCAGAGAUCUGCCAGGGCGACGUGGCGCGCUGGAAGAUCCUCCUCCGCUGCGGCGCAAACCUCAUCCGCGACAACGCGGGCAACGACAUAAGCGCGGUGCUGCAGCACGGGUCGUUCGACUCCGUCACCAAGCAGUGGCUGCUGGCCAACUUCAUCUACCACGACGUGAUGGGCUCCGAAACCACGCAUUUCCCCAUGUGGCAGUACGCGCGCGUGCUGCAGGCCAGCGACGUGGACGACAGCCACGUCGACCCGCUGCACGGCGUCAACCGGCCCGUGUUCCAGGUGCUGGGCGAGGUGAUGGACGUGGCACGGCGCAUCAAGCGCGAGCACGUGACGCGGUCGCACGCGCGGUUCCCCGCGCUCAUGGCGCGCGCGCAGCAGCUGCAGGCCGCGCUGUACGCCGUGGCGCCCGAUGCGCGCGACCUGGCGCGCUACGAGGACGUGCACGUGUCGCAGGACGCGCGGCAGCUGUGUCUCACGCUGUUCUCGGUGUUCCGGACCACGGCGCUGGUGCACCUGAAAACCGCGGUGCUGCGGCACGCGAAGGACUCGUACGAAGUGCAGUUCCUGGUGGGGCAGCUGUCACGUGAGCUGGACGAGGUGCUCGGGUCGCGGCUCGAGGGCGGGCUUUGUUUCCCGCUGUUCAUCUGCGGCGUCAACUCCACAGAGCCCCUGCAGCGGCAGGACGUGGAGCGCAAGUUCAGCGACUUCAUCCAGCGCUACAAGUGUCGCAACGUCGAGCGCGCGCGCGCCGUGAUGCGCAAGGUGUGGCGGAUCGACGACGACAGCAGCUCGCUGGGCAGCGCGCUGCGCGAGCGCGACUGGUUCGACGUGGUGGACGAGAUGAAGUGGGACAUCAGCUUUGCGUAG